CGAAAAGAUAAUCCUGAGAACCGUCUGAAUGUAUCCCCUUCGCCAUGACAAUGUCGAGAUCCAGUUUUAUCGGUGGUUUGGUCGGCACGCGUUUUGCGUUUUCUGAUUCUGUGCGUUGUCUGGUAGAAUGGCCCUGGUUGGGAUCCGUAGGUUUGUUCUUGAAAUGCAUUGAAAUUGCGCAACAUCGGGCUUAUUACGUACGGAUUUAAAGGUCACUCUCGGAAGGACGAGAGCCAUGCCGCCCUCUCCGAGCGGUCCGACGCCCAUCAUCCGGGUGGAGGACGACUUGCUGGAAAAACCGGUGUCCAGUUCUCUCUGUUGCCAACUCAAACGACGCACCGCGGAAAUCGUGGUGCUUCUGAUCGUGUGGUGGGUCAUUGCGGGGGUGAUCGUCGUCGAGUACAAGUACAUUGACCAGGGAGACGUGGCGUUUUUCCUGACCGGCGUGACUUAUGCAUUGCGAAAAUAUCGCACUGUGUAGCAAUCGCAUUACAAAGUUAAUGUUAAGUAGCUCAGCAUGAGAAAUGGAACUUGUAAUGCGUAUUUACCUCAAGAAGGAGACUUGUCAUGCAUGAUUGCGAUUACUAAGAAUACGAUAAUUUUUGCAAUGCAUAUGACCAACAUGUUCGCCGGAUGUUUCCUAAUAUUGGCCUUCCUCUGGAACAAGAUGUUCGCGCCGCAGUUCGGGUCCAUGCUGUCGCUGGCGAUCGGCGGCACGAACAGGAACAGAGGUUCUUCAGCACUACAAUCUGGACUGGUAGAGGUACCGCCAGACGAAGCGGAAACAUCACGCACCAGACAGCAAACCAGACCGCUGGCUCGUGCCGGCGAAGAUGUUGCAGUCAAUAUGGACGAGAAUUUUAACAACGAUUUUGAUGCUGGUGGGAUCAACGGCUCCUCAAAGCCGGCAUCUACUUCGCGAGGAACGGGAAAAAAUAGUAAAGUGGAGCCGGAUCUGGAAGUGGGGCACGUUCGCGGCGGAGUCGUUGACAGUUCUUCCUCAACAUCGAGAACUACGAGCAGAAGACGAGGAGAACAAGCAUACAACCAGCAGAUGAAUACCUCCGCCGCCCCUGAGGUCGAGAUCCCCGUUGCCGACGAGACCCUCGCCACGUCAAGAACGCAAGAUCUCGACAUCACGAAUGAAGAAAACAACGACUACUCGCUCGACCACCGCACGGUAUCCGCGUUGAGCCGCAAGCCCAACACAUUCUACCUUCCCAUCACCCACGGCGAGUCCCUGCUUCUCGUCCUCCUCGGAAUCCUGAACGGCAUCGAGUACGGAAUUCUCAACAAGGCACUCAUGAUCCUCCCCCUCGCCACACGGCAGAUGCUCGGCUCGAGCUCCACGCUGUUCCAAAUGGUCUUCGCGUUCAUCUGGCGACUACCCCCGGCGAUCACCCCGAAACUGUUGCUGUGUGGUGGCGUGCUCAUGUGCGGAGGGGUGUUGCAGGGACUGCAAACGUUUCAACACGAUUCGCCGGAAAUCGCUUCGACAAGUAGUCGGGUCGUACCGGAGGCGAAAGCGUCUUCGCAGGGGGAGGCCGAAGUCCCGGCGAUCUUCGGGGAUGAAGAUGGUGAACAACUUGGGACACCGACCGUAGCGUCGGCCGCAGCAGCCGGGACAAGUGGUGGUUUCUCGACGAAGAAGAAGCCAACGAAAUCGUCGCCAACGGCAAACGCGGUCCGGGACGAUGCGACGAAGAGCAGCGGCGGCAUUGUGCCGCUAGCGGGAAUGAUGGUACAACAGCGACAUCCUGCGAGUAGCAAGGGUGCAAGCAAGAAGAAAAAGCGCGACGCAGCAAGUUCAUCGUCUACAACUUCAAGCGGUGCAGCUAGAAUGGUUGACAGUCUUCAUGCUGCUAGCACAUCAUCGUCAGCGACCGCCGCGCAGAGCGCCGCCGCGCAGCAUGUUCGCUCGGAGCGACGAAUGGCACCGCAAGUUGCGGAUAGUAAAUCGUCGAGCUUCAUUAGUGGUGGGCAUCAGAGUAGUUCCUGGUGGUGGUCGUCGAAGCCGACUGUUGCACCCCGCCCAAGGCUGUUAUUAGCGGACGAUUCGAAAACCACUGCAGACGUUUCUGGCACCGCUUCGGAUGAAGAUGUUGAUGUCGACAACUCCUCUGACGAAGACGAUUCUGCUACCGACUCGGGAGGUGGUACUAUUUCCGGGAUGAGCGGCUUCCUGUUGCAGAUCACCGCGAUGCUGCUCAGCAGUAACAAGGGAUGCUUGAUGCAGCAUUCGUUGCAGCGAGCGCCGGGUAUCCAAGAAAAAAUAACCAUCACCAUCCACUUUGUCAUGCAAAACAUGCAUAAACUAAAAGUCAAACUUCACUACUUGUCAUGCAAAAAAUGGAUGGCGAUGCCGAUGGUUGUUUUUUUGUGGAUACCGGGCAUAGCGGUGCUAGACAAGAUCAGUGUCGGGAGCAGAACCAUGACCUACAGCGGAAUUACCUGUUUGUUGCUGUCCUUCUGCACCGAAGCAAGAGAGCAGAACUUGUACCAGGUAUUGGAUAGCUGAUGAAAAUAAACUACGUGGGUAAUUAUAGACGCGAAGCCAAAAAAUUCGGCGGCCUAGUGUAGUCUAGUAGGUCUAUAUCAUUCAAAAUGUAGUUCUGAUAUCGACAGGUGUACUUGAUUUUUUGCACUGUGUAAGUGUACAAAAUAAAUCCUCAGGUUGUCGACCGUGUUCUCAUUUUCAAACUGGCUUCCAUCGCUGCCAUUUUGUGCGUCAUGGUGUGCGCAGAACUCCGGUUGCUCCAGAUCACAAGUACCGUCACCUUCGGCGUGUUCGGCUUGUUGCACAGCAUUCCGAUCGUCUUGUCCGGCGUGAUUCUUUUUGGCGACCAAGUCGGCCUGUACGACGGUCUCGGUUUUCUCGUGUGCCUCCUUGGCAGUUACUGGUACAUGGUCAUUGUGAACCAGCAGAAAACGACGUACACCGACGAACAGGAUGUUGGUUCCUUUGCUGGUGACGAGUUGAAACACACUGGAGACAUCGAAAGUUUGGACGAUGAAGACAGGUCGCCGUUUGCAGCUUCGGGCGGAACAAGGACUGCAAAUAAAGGGAGGACGCGACAUCAAGGGCAUCAGCCGAGCCAUACUGCAAAAGAUCUGGAGGAAGUGAUCGAGAUUAUACCAGACGAUGAGGUCAACAUGGCAAAUUUGGAGGUUGAUGACCACAGUGGGGAGAUAAAGAACAAGAUGAACUCUGCAAAAGGAGGAGCCACGUAUAGCAAACUGUCCAAGGCGGAGCAGAAAGUGGUCCAAGGCAGAACUACAUCAAGCCCCGGAAAAAACAUCAAAGUAUUUUGAAUAAAUACUUGAUGUGAUCUAAUCACUUCUCAUGCGAACUACUGCACUUCUUCAUCAUCAUCUUCUCGUAGUCAACAUCUUCUCUCGUUCCUCUUGCUCUUCGAUUGAUGUUGCGUGCCAUUGCUGCAAUUAUGCUCCGGUCGUGCAGGGCGAUCGAAAUCUUCGAAUUAUGGUCGAUCACUACCUUGCAUUGCCAUCAAUUGCUUCAUCACAAGGCUGCAACUGCUCCGCUCGAACAGGAGAUCGGGCAUAGCUUGCGAGUAUGCAUUGCAAAAGCAACGUAGUAGUAGUAAUUACAUUACAAAUUACCUCAGCAUGACAAAUUGCUGUUUUACCUUGGGAUGGAGAUUUGUAAAUGCAUGUUUGGAAUUACUACGAGUACGAUACUUUUGCACAGGAUAGCGAGGAUUGGUGCAUGGAGGACCUCCUGGAAGAUACUACCAGACUGCUCCGGAGUAGUUGUGACAGUGUGGCUUUAUUUUCGCGUGUCGGUUCUUAUUUCCGCCGCUCGAACAAUGACAGCACAUUGCGAGGAUAUCGUCCUGUUGAUGGAAUAUCGGAAUGCUAAUGUACUAGCUGCUUCGACGCACAGGCAGAAGUUGCGUUCGAUUCACAGCAU